UAAUUUAAAAUGGCUAAAAAAUAUUCCAAAAUCUGAUGGCAGGGUGAGUAGAUUCCUUUGCUUUUUGACUUUUGUAGACUUGAACAAUGACCAUAGUUGACAAAGCUGAAUCUUCAGACCCAUCAACCGGUCAGAGUCAGCUCGGCCGUUCCGAGGCCGUUGCACCUGGAGACCCGGAUGCAGGCUCUGCCGGCUGAAGUGCUGUGUCUUCAUUAAGUGAUGUUACCAAUCACACACUUUCUGUAAGACCAGUACCUGAUGCUGUUUAUUCAAAUUCAGCAGUACCUGAUACGUCAGAACCAUCACCACCAAAAGAUCAAGGUGAUGGCAUUGUGCUGCCACAGAAAAUUAUUUUUCCCUCGGAGAAGAUUUAUCUUAAGUGGCAGAAAACUGAUGACAUUGGUGCUGGACUCGAGAAUUUGGGGAACACCUGUUGUGCCAAUGCAGCAUUGCAGUGUUUGACAUACACACCACCUGCCAGUUACAUGUUAUCCCAGGAACACUCCAAGAUGUGUCAUGUGGAAGGAUUUUGUAUGAUGUGUACAAUGCAAGACCAUAUUACCCAGGCACUCAAUAGUCCUGGGGACAUUAUUAAACCCAGGUUUGUCAUUGAUGAAAUGCAGAGUAUAGCUAGGACCUGCUGUUCUGGAAAACAAAAAGAUGCCCAUGAAUUUCUUGAGUACACCAUUGACGCUAUGCAGGAAGCAUGCUUGGCUGGCAUCGAUGAAUUCGAUAGGCACACCCAGGCCACCACACUGACUUAUCGGAUAUUUUGAGGAUAUCUAAGAUUGAGAGUCCAAUCUUUAAAUUGCAAGGGUGUUUCAGAUACUUUUGAGCCAUGUCUUGAUAUCACAUUGGAGAUAAAGGCUGCUCCGAGCGUUAACAAGGCAUUGGAGCAGUUUGUGACGGAACAGCUCCAUGGCGAAAACUGCUACAAGUGUAGCAAGUGGAAAAAUAUGGUUCUGGCUUCAAAGAGGCUUUCCAUACAUAGAUCAUCUAAUGUUCUUAGACUUUCUCUGAAACGCUUUCCAAAUUAUUUUGGUAGAAAGAUUGCCAAGGAUGUGAAAUAUCCUGAGUAUCUUGAUAUUCGGCCAUACAUGUCUCAACCAAAUGGAGAACCCGUUAUUUAUGCUUUGUACGCAGUGCUGGUCCACAGUGGAUAUCAUUGCUCUAUAGGCCAUUACUUCUGUUACGUGAAAGCUAACAACGGCCUGUGGUAUCACAUGAAUGACUCCACCGUAUCUCCUAGUGAUAUUAGAUCGGUACUCAGCCAACAAGCAUAUGUGCUCUUUUAUAUCAAGUCCCACGAUGUGAAAAACUUAAGUGAACUUACUCAUUCCACCCAUUGCCCCGGCCAGUCCUCUCCCCACCCGGUCAUCAGUCAUCGGCGUGUUGCCAACAAGCAGGCUACAUCCGGCCCUGGCCCACAGCUUCCCUCUCACAUGAGAAAGAUAUCACCUCACUUGAACGGGACCAGGCCUCUGAAAGACACGCCAAGCAGUUUCAUGUCCGGUCUGAAUGGAAGUCCCAGUGUCAGCAGGGCUCGUCCUGCUGACACUCCUACAGGAGUUAACAGCUGCCCUGGGAUUGCAGAGCACCCUAAGGAGCAAAACCUCACCAUCGGCAUUCAGGACAAGCCUGUUCUCCAAGCACAAACUCAGCCUAACCAACAUAGCAAUUCCGGGGAGGCCUCUAACAAGCCUGUCCCUCCUACUGCCAUCAGCUGCUCUGCGAUACAGUCCUUCUUGAAUGCACUGACAGUGCUGGUUUCUAGUGAGGCAGCAAAGCCACUCUCCCCAAGCGAGUCAUGCUCCAAACCGGUAAUCAAUGGCGGAUCCAAGGUGAGCUCCAGUGUGCUGGUCCCCUAUGGUGCACAGUCAUCGGAAGAGUCUGACAAGAGGUCCAAGGGCCUGGCCAAGGGGAACGGUAUGGGCAGGAUAGCCACAGCUCACGGUGCUGGCCAUAACGCCGGAGAUGAGGAGGCCCCGCCACAUGAGCUUCAAGAACCUGUCACUCUAAAUGGUGCUAAUAGUACAGACAAUGACCCGAAGGAAAACGGCCUGUCAUUUGAGGGUGCCAGUUGCCAAGUCCAGCCUGCUUUGCACUCAGAAUAUCCUUUUUCUAAAGCAAACGGUCUUCCUGGAGUGGAGAGUUGGUUGGGGAAGGCUUGGUUUUGAGCCUCAUCUGUGGCCCCUUCACUCAGCCAGAUUUUGGUCAGCACGGAGCUCACAGCUAGUGCUGAAAGGUCUUAUUUUUUAUCAUAGUUACCAGCUGCUUCCUUGCCUUCUAUUCCACAAGACAAACCCUUAGAGACCUUCAGGCUUAGUGACGAAGUAAAAGGCUCAACAGAUGAAACCAGGUAAAGUAAGAAUAAAUUCAGAGGAAGUGAACUUCACAGUAGAAAAUCCAGCGCUGAGUGGAUGUGUCAGCGUUUUAACUCUGUAAAAGUGUUACAGUGAGCAUCCCGAGCCCCCAAAUUUGAAAAACAAGUCUAUAGGAUGUGUUCAUUUGCCUUUGAGAAGACUUAGAAAACAGUCUGCUACCGCUUGUCGUUUUCUUCUGUGCCGCCUGCUCUAGCUCGCAGCGCCCGUGCACACUCCUGCAUCCGCUUCCACGUGCUUUCUCAUGUCACCUUUUCAGUGAUGAGUGAGUGUCUGACGGGCAUACUGAGUUUAGAGGAAGAGGAGUCCCAGAACUGUCAUGAAGCAACUGUUUUGUAAGGGUCUCUCUAGAAAUGUGAAAUUAAAUUCACGGAGAAUAUAAUUUGCCUCCGCAUUCCAUUUAAGAAAAAUCAACACAUUGGCGCAGGUGUAAUGUGACUCGGGAGUAAGAGGAAGGGAAUUGGAAGUGCAGCCGUGGCUGCCUCGUGUGGAAACUGCAAGUGAAACUACUGCUGCAGGACACAGGGCAUCACGUGGGGCAUCAAGUGGUGCUGCCCGCCCACCCACAGGUACCCUGGAUGACCAUGCAGUGUAAGCACUACGUCCACAUUUGGGCUGUCCUGCUGUGGUGGUGAGCGACGUGUGGUGAGGUCCCGGCCACAUCACAGUGUGACCAUCUCUCAGUUGCACAACUGUUGGAUUCCCAGAGUGCAAUGUCUGUGACAACUGCAGCAAUAACAUAACUGGCAUUUUCACCCUCGUGGAUGUGAGGACUUGGGGGGAGGAGCCUUCCUCCAUGGCGCUGUGGCAACCUCGGAUGCCCCGAGAACAGAGUUAGAGAUGUGGAACUGUUUAAGAAGAACAGAGAGGCAGAGAGCACGUGUUCCCACUUUACCUUAAGAUAGAAUGGCUGGGUGUGCUGUCAUUCGCACAGUGACUUUCCCCUUGUUUCAUUCCUAAUCCACCGUGGUCCCCAAAUUCAAUGUGCAGAGAAUUAUUACACAUUCACAUACACGAGGCCAUGUAUGUACCCAGCCAAGCGCACCUUCCUUCGCGUGCAGCCCCAAGGGUCCCUCUUCUACACUCACGGCAACUAACUUUCCAUAGGGAUCUGGUACAGGUCAUCUCCUCACUGAGGAGUGGAAAUCGCAGUAGGUGUUGUAUGGCUUCCUACAGCUGUCAACUAACCUUGAGAGUGCAUCAAAAGCUUCCCAGCUGCCAAGGGCAGCCCAUAUUUCCUACAGGAGGUUUUCACAGAACCUCAGUGAGUCCCCGCUUUCCGUAAUUCGAGGAGCUCUGUUGGCUCUGUUGGGAAAGAGCUGCCCUCCAAGAGAAAGAAGUGAACCAGGAUAAUCAUCAGCC